AUGGAAAUAACUGAUCCAGGCCUCGGGAUGUUUUCCCUUCUACCAUCAGAAGUUCGGAGAAUGAUAUGGAAGCACUUCACACCCCACCUCCAUGUCGGCCAGUCUCUUCCCAGGAAACCAAAUCGCUUCACACCUGAACAGCAAAUGCUCCUGACAAGCCGCAAAAUUUACGCAGAGCUAGCCAGCGAAGUUCCUUCUGGUUACAAUGGCCACAGAAUCCUUUUCAUCGUCAGCCCUCAAUACCGAAACAAACCAUGGAUUCAAGCAGUAAACUAUAAAGGAGGUGUUUCAGGGGUGCGAUGGUAUCUCAAGGACCUAGAAGAUGCCACUUCAAGGGGUUUCGAUAAACUACCUUGGGAAAGAUUGAAUGUUCAAAUCCAUAUAUUGGCACCUCAAAAAGAAGACGCUGGACAAGUCCUUUGCCUCAAUAAGAAGAUUGUGGAUCUUGUUCAGAUGCUGAAGCAAGCGAAGAGGUUUCGAUGUUUCAAUAUCGUUUUCGAAUAUACAAGGGAUGCCAGUUGGUUUGACAAUGGCCGGCCGCAGUGUUCGAUAGAUCUAGGACGAUAUAAUAACGAUGACCAUUACGAUUAUGAGUAUGUCCUCCCACUGUUCCUACAGCUCCGGACCGCAGAAAGGGUUAAUAUCCGUUCUAACGAAACUUCCAAAAUAAAAAGGUGGAAGAAGCUGAGAAUGAGGGACGCAUUUACCCAGACGCGAAAAGUCAUAAAGCAAAAAGGUCUGAGGCAGUCUGAAGACGCCAAAAUACAAAAAGAUGUUGAAUCCCUCGGUAUAAAGGUAGAGGAAAUAUAGGAUAACCUGCCAUCAAAAACGGCAAAUAUGCUUCGGCUCGACCUCUUCAGCGGCUGGUAUACAGACAAGCUACAUGGCGAGUCGCCCUACGAGGAUAAGAUGAAGAAAUUAGUACUGGAAAUGAGGGUCAAACUGGCCAAAUUGCACCAACGGUACCGGAUGAUGAGGGCGCAUAAUCCACUGUCGCUUGGAUAUAAAGGCGUUUUCCCAUGGAUUGUCGAACGACCCAAGCCCCAGGAAAUGGCCGCAGGAGGCUGGAAUCGAGAUGUAUGGCACUCUGUUUACAAAAAUGGAAUUCCACCUCUAAACGACAGGAAUAUGACUCUGAUGUACUAUGAAUGGGAAAAGGAAUACAACAGCUCAGAUAAUGGACGGGAGUUUGUGAAUUUACAUGGAUUCUUUUCUUGGGUCUGUGCAGAGGAUUUGGGACAUGACUUUAUUUAUUAUGUGUAG